AUGCCAGCACCUCUGAAAGAUGCCGCCAAAUUUCUGAAGAGCACUCUGCGGCUUCCCUCGUCGACUUUCCCACCGCGGCCCAGGCCCGCCGACCUUGCCAGAUAUCUUCCAAGAUGCACAGUUGACCUCUAUGCCUGGCAGCGCCAGGAACGACCUGUUUCAGACACCUUUGUCCUCCACGACGGGCCGCCGUAUGCGAAUGGAGAUCUGCACGUUGGACACGCACUCAAUAAGAUCAUCAAGGAUAUCAUUUGCCGCUGCAGGCUCGCGGAAGGCCAAAGGGUUGACUAUGUACCUGGCUGGGACUGCCAUGGGCUGCCAAUCGAGCUCAAGGCUCUGGAGAAGCACGGCUGGGAGCGAGGACAAGGUGUCGACCCCGUCUCGAUACGGAGUGCCGCAAGGAAAUUCGCAUACAAAACUGUGGAAAAGCAGAUGGCCGGAUUCCGAUCCUGGGCUGUCAUGGGUGACUGGGCCAGUCAUUGGAAGACCAUGCAGAAAGAUUUCGAGCUGCGGCAAUUGAUUGUGUUUCAAGCAAUGGCUCAGUAUGGUUUGAUAUACCGCAAGCAUAAGCCUGUCUACUGGUCUACCUCCUCAGGGACUGCUCUUGCUGAAGCCGAGCUGGAGUAUAAAGAUGACCAUGUCUCUACUGCGGCCUUGGUCAAGUUUCCAUUAGACCGCUUUGAGCCGUUCUCGGAUGGCCGUGUUCAUGCCUUGAUUUGGACGACUACGCCUUGGACUCUUCCCGCAAACCAAGCAAUUGCAAUCAACACGUCUCUAUCAUAUUGCCUUGUCAAAUCAGUCACUCAUGGUACGCUGCUUGUGGCCCGUUCGAGGGUGCCUUAUCUCCAAGAGUGCAUUGGAGAGAGCGUGGAAGUCGUCAUGGAAGAUGUUCCUCUUGACGUGCUGUUGCAGAGUUCCUACUCGGGUCUGUACCAUUUCGGAGGAGAAGCAGCGAAUCGCCCCAUCAUCCAUGCAGACUUCGUGUCCGCUGACAGUGGUACGGGACUCGUGCACUGCGCUCCAGGUCAUGGUAUGGAAGACUACGAAGCUUUGCAGCCCCUACUAAAAGCCUCUACUGUUUCUGUCAAAGCUCCGGUCGACAACUCUGGCUGCUUUGAUGAUACCGCAUCACCCGAGGAUCCCGGUCUCCUUGCUGGACAAGACGUGUUCCAAAAGGGCAAUGGCACCAUCCUCCAACUUCUGCGAGCCAACAACCUUCUUGUCCACCAGCAUCGGUACAUCCACAAGUAUCCCAUAGACUGGCGGACCAAAGAGCCAGUCAUCAUUCGUGCCACAGCCCAAUGGUUCGCGGACGUUUCCAAGAUUAGAACCGACGCGCUCAACUCUCUCGACGCCGUUACCUUUCUUCCAGAAUCAGGCAGAGCGCGGCUGCGGAGUUUUGUGGAGAAUCGGAGCGAGUGGUGUAUUUCCAGACAGAGGGCUUGGGGCGUUCCGAUUCCGGCGAUUUACCACAAGGACACAGGUGAAGCAGUCCUCACAUCCCCGAGUAUUGAUCACAUCAUCAAAACCAUCAACGAGCGCGGCAUUGAUGCCUGGUGGUCUGAUCCUCAAGACGACAGCCGUUGGAUUGUUCCAGGAUUGCCAGGGAGCGCUUCAGACUACACUCGAGGUUCUGACACGAUGGAUGUCUGGUUUGACAGUGGAACAAGCUGGACUCUGAUGCUCAAGGAUGAUCUCGGGUCUGCGGGUUCCCGGGCUCAGCCAACGCCAAUGGCCGAUGUCUAUGUCGAGGGCACCGAUCAGCAUAGAGGGUGGUUUCAGUCGAGCUUACUCACGAAUAUUGCAUACCAGAAGUCUCUCCAGUCCCCCUCGGAUGCCGCUUCCCCUUCGGCACAUCAAGUACACGCUCCAUUCCGCAUUCUGGCGACCCAUGGCUUCACUUUGGAUGCCCAGGGCAAGAAGAUGAGCAAAUCCCUAGGCAAUGUUAUUGCCCCCAAUCAAAUCAUCUCGGGAUUCGCACCUCCUGCGAAACAAACAAAGCAGAAGCGCGAAGUCCAUCCGCUCGGCCCAGAUGCGUUGCGGCUGUGGGUGGCGUCCAGUGAGUGGACAAAGGACGUGGUGAUUAGCGAGACAGUAGUGUCCUCUGUCCACAGUAUGCUUGACAAGUACCGCCUUACCUUCAAGAUGUUGUUGGGCAUGCUGGCAGACUUCGAUCCUCAGAUGACUAUCCCGUAUGAGUGCAUGUCCCGAUUGGAUCAAAUUGCCAUGCACCACCUUCAUCUGACCUUCGCUUCAGUACGCAAAGCAUACACUGACUUUGAGUUCCACAAAGCCUCUGGCUCCGUAUAUCGAUGGGUCACGACUGAUCUUUCGAGCUUCUACUUUGAGGCGAUCAAGGAUGUUCUCUACUGCGAUAUGCCUACGACUCCCAGACGCCUCAGUGCCCAGACUGCACUUCAUCACAUUCUUUACCACUUCCAAAACAUGCUAGGGCCCAUUGCGCCGUUGCUGGUUGAAGAAAGCUGGGAGCAUAGCACAGAAAAGUACAAGCAGAUGCUUGAGCACCCAUUGAGAAGAACAUGGCCACAUCUGCCAGGGGAAUGGCACGAUCGGUCACUCGAGACUGUGUUGCCCUAUAUCGCUUCUAUCAACUCGAGCGUUAAGGCAGCUCAAGAGACAGCGCGCACGCAGAAACUCAUGGGACAGUCCCUAGCAUCCGACGUCUCGAUAUUUUUACAGAAAGAGAUUGAUCUUUCGAGUGUUCCCAAAGAUACUUGGAAAGAACUCCUGGUCGUAUCGUCCGCCGAGAUUGUCUCAACAAAAGCCGGCGAGACAGUUCCUCUAGAACCGAGCGCCGAACCUGGGUCGGAUUGGUCAUUCUCCAGCGACAUUGUCUCGCCGGAGGGUGAGAAGAUAGGGCGGGCGAUUGUCAAGAGUCCUCGGAAUCUCAAAUGUGACCGAUGCUGGAGAUACGUGGUUGAAUGUCAGGAACAGAAGAGGCCGGAAGAAAAAGAGACACCUUUACUCUGUGACCGAUGCACAGAUGCGGUUACGGAAUUCCAACAUUGA